AUGUCUUCUGCAAAAUGGACUACUGGGUCCACUAGCAGACCUCUGACACCGUCAGCUCCGGCUUUCAUCCCGGCUGGUACUAAUGUUACUAAUAAGGUUCUCGAUGCCUCGUUCGUUACGCAUACUAUCCCGGACAUCAGUCCCGACUCCGGAGUUGUUGGUCUCUGUGCUGUGCCCCACGACCGCGCAGGCAAACAUGACCUCGGCUGGCACAUCGCUGACUUCUUGGCCUUCAAGGCUCUCCUUUGCGGCGAAACGCAUUCGAGAGCCCAGACCUGGCUUUCCCAAUGUGACAUUGCCGGUAUUGUAAAGGACAACCCCGACGACUACGCCCAUGGCAAAGACCGUCGCUUGGUCGAUGUGGCCGCCGCCCCUUCCUUAUACACUGACCGUAACGGAAUUAGCCAGAAACGAGACGAUGACAUCAAAAUUGAGCCGUCCGCCGAAAAGCUCAUGGAUGAUUUCCUCACAACCCUUGCAAACAAGUCUAUAAUCGCCAGGGGGAAGGGUCUUCCUUUAAUCAUUGUUAUUUGUGGUCUUACCACAUUAGAACAGGAUGUUUUCUUCGGAGAGACGAAUCCCAGAAUCCGAGUCACAAGUGGGAAAAUGCGUGAAAUACUUGGAGAGCAAAUUGAGGCCAUCGUCAUUACCCCUGCUCUGUUUUCUGCGGGCUGGCUAGUCAAUCCCUCCUUUUGUCGGCCACCGACUAGAAAGCUGCGUGCCGAUAGCACGGAAUUCCUCGCAAGACAGUUUGGUGCCACAUUCGCAAAGGAUCUGGUUGACCACUUUCUAAGCUGGUCAUGCCCCUUUAUUGACUGGGAUCAGCUUGGCAAAGUGGAGAAGGAUGGUUUAUACCCGGGACCCGUUAGACUUUCAGAGCGGCAGCAUAUUGCCAUUGAGGCCUUCAAAAUAUCAAUUCAUAAUGCUCUCGCAGGUCGAUUGUCAGCUGGGAAUAGAAAUCACUCCUUCAAUUUUGAGGUACAUGGUGAUGACUGGCAGAAGCUGGUUGGCUCCCGUAAGCACAAGCCAUUAAGCUACUUCAAACAGAAAUGGGAAAAGCUUGGAGUAUCCGCCGCAGCCACGAUGAAGGAGCAGCGACUUGAGUUUCUCGGAGGCGCAUUCGGAGGCAACAAGGCGUCGCAGGAACGGCACAUCAAACACCUCGUGAACGACUCGUUCUCUGCUUGGCCCGGAUACUGGGCACUGCCUUUUGGUCGAAGCGCUAGAGCCGCCUUCCACAUGUUCCUUGAAAAUGGCUAUCCCGAUUAUAGGGAAUGCCACGAAAUUUUCAACAUCAUGGAACAUCGUGCUACGUCGGCCGUAGUUGCUGACAUGACUUUAAGGUAUUUCGGAAUUCCGAAGCCGUACGAAGAACGAUGCAGAGAUUGGGACGAGCCGAGAUGGAUAAUGGAGUCGACUGAUGCUACACACCUGGCUGUUAAUCGUCUGUUUGGAUAUAUCAGCAUGCACAUUCCUGGAGUAAAUGUUCCUCCUGGUGUCAACCCGAAUUCACUCAGCGUGAUUCAGAGACGGUUGGAAGUUCCUGUCUCCUACUUGGCAGCUGCCAUAAACAACUACACUUUAUUUCGUUCUCAAUCCCCUCAGACAACAGUGAAGCGUGUCGUUGAUUUUUUCAAAGAGAUAAAAGGACGCCAAACUGAGUUACUCCUUAAGGACUUCGAAAUGCAUAAUGCAUGCAGUGCUUGGUUGAGCUCAAUCGACUUGUCUAUUCGUCCCAGAAGUCAUUUUAUACCCCCCGAGGAGAAUUCAGACGCAGUCGAUUCACCUGGAAAAACUUCGGACUUGGUCCUGCGUCCCCUAUCUAAAGUUAGUAUGCGACUAGAUUCCCUCUCCGCCAACCUCCCUUCGGAGAUGAAGGAAUUACUCCCCGAUGUCGAUACCCAGCUAGCACUUCAGCGACUGAUCCGAGAAAGAGACAGCCUGGUUAUGGAGCUUUUGGAGGCCCCCGAAAACCAACUCGUGAAAAUCAAGGCGAAGAUGGCAGAGACUCAGAGUUUAUUGACAUUCAUGGAAAAUCUAGCUCGCGAAAAGGGGACGAAGCCUAAGAACAAUACCUAUGAGCCUGAAAAGCAUGCCCAGGCUGCGUCGCCUUCUAUCCACCAGGUUACCUCCAGUGUCCAUGGUCGCGAGAACACACCCUGGCCACUUCCCGCGCAACAAGUCCGCAGCCCUGACAAUCAACUGCCCCCUCAUCUCCGAGGUCCUUUGAAUAAGGCAGUCGAGCAGCCCAAUACGAGAUUCCAUACUCAACGUGCCUCUGAGGAGUUGGGCAAGACGAUCAAGGGCUGUCCAAGAUGGCCAAGUCUCUCCAAUUCAUCGAAUAAAGCUACACCAUCUUCACGCACCCAACCAAUUAUGCAGAAAGAAGACAAGGAGAAGGAGCAAACUAACAGAUGGAUCCCGCCCCAUCUUCGUGGCUUACAGCAUAGAGAUGUUAAGGAAGCUGAACCCGAAGCUGAAUCCGAACCCGAUUGGUGAUGUGAUUGUUAUGUCUUAUCUCACUUUCAGAAUCACAUCUUUGAAAGUGGGGGGGGGUGACAUUGUAGUGUUGCGGAGUCAGCAUUUCGGGGUGAUGAUAUUCUAACUGAUCACAAGCUGCUUGCGGUAACACGACAUAGUGUUGCUGAGCCACAUUUACGACAGGAGGAGGCAAGGAAAUAGGUUGCCUAUACUAGCCUUUAUGCUUUGCUGUUUAGGCAUAAAAGGAUAUUACCUAUUACUAGGUACCCAUUGUGGUAGCAUCAUAAGCUAAGUGUAAUAAUAAUUUGCUAUUAUUUGGCUUUCAUAGCCAAAAAGGGAGGAGGAAGGCUUUUACCAGAAUGCCUUGAUUAUAUUCGCUGAACAUUGAGGCGAUAUUUAGCACCUUAAAGACCUCCUAAAGGUAGCCCAAAGCAAACGAUAUGGG